UACUGAUUAUCACUAUUUGCAGUAGCUUCAUUGCACACUGAAAGGGGACGAAACAACAUUCCCGAGGUUGAAACAGUUACUUUUGGAAAAGUUAGCAGGCCUCAUUAUUGAAUUUCUCGUUUGUAUUAUAAAAAACCACCUAUAAUUGUCUAAUUUCUAAAGAACCAUUGACGUCAUGGCAAGUACCAUAGUAAACAAGAUCAACCAGGAAAACACUCACUUAACGAAAGGGCGACUUCACAACGGUGCUCUCUGGUAGAGCUUUAGUGAGGUAAAUGGCGGACUGCUGGUCAGUUUUGCUGCCUCACUGACCUGAAAGCAUAAAACAACUCAAGAGCAAGACUAGGCCUUCAAGAACUAUAUCGACAAGAGAACAAACGCUGGGCCUUCAAAGAAUUAUAGCAGACUAACUGCAUAGCUGGCCUAUGCAGACUACAUUUUUGCUGUAUCUAAUUGCGCAUAUUCAAUGGUUUUGUCAACUGUAUGUUGGUGUGAAUAUUCUGUUGGUUGAAUUGCAAUAUUGAACAAACGAAACAAUGCAUCAUUCAAAUAAUUCCAAAGCAAAAUGCAACAAAUCAGGGGAUGGCAUUAGUGAUGCUGUGUUGGCAGUUGGUGUAAUCUUUCUCAGCCUCGUCCUCUUUCUCCUCAUAAAAUUCUUGUGCAGAAUUUUAUGCCAUCGGAAGUUGACUGUAAGAUGUGUUAAAAUCAGACAGACAGAGGAUGUUGAAUCUAGAAUUGUUGAGCAGCAAUCUGCAGGCAUCAGCACAAUUAGUGGACAUUUGCAUCAAGGCCCUAUUCUGACAUCAAACAUGGUAGUUCCUUAUACAAAUGCAGUUGUUGAUAACCCAGUUUACAUUGAAGAUGUUGAAAUAGGUAGUCCUGUCAUAGCAUCAGACAGCAAUUUUGUAUUCUCCACACCACCACGCCGUCACGAUUUUCAACUUGAUGAGUUUGAACAUGACAUGAGCAUUAGCAAGACAAUUACGAUUGAGUCAAAACUUGUUGUGUACAUUUGCCGUAUGAUCGGAUCUCAGGGAGGCCUAUUGGAGCUCGACCAGAUGGGAAUAUCACUCUUCAUACCACCAGGUGCCAUCCCAGAGGGCGUUGAAGAGAGAAUUUUCUUAAUUCUGGAUUGGGAUCUGACAGAUUUUCCGUUAAUGACAGACUUGCAAACAAUCAUCAGCCCUGUUGUUCACUGUGGUCCACACGGACUCAUACUUAACAAACCGGCAGUGUUGAAGUUUAAACACUGUGCAUAUGAUAGGAAUGAUAUUGAGGUCUUCUCAAGUGAAACAAAUUUAAUGUAUGACAAAGCAUGGAUGAAAAUAAGCGAACGCGAGAAUGGAGAGAAGCCAUACAUUCUUACUCCAACCGAAUGCCAAAUACACAUAACGCAUUUCACGCUUUAUACAAGCAUAGCUGAAGGUCAUGAUACAAGAAAAUGGUUACAGAUUGUGGCAUUCGCUGGACCAAUGAGGGUCGGAUGUCAUUUCCAGGUACGUUUAUACUUCCUCAACAAUACACCUUGCGCACUACAGUUUGCAAAGCAAAAUGAAGCAAAACAAAACUUCUACCAAAUUUGUCCUGAGCAAGUGUUUUUGUUCCAUGGCAACGAGCAAGAUAUGCUUAUUCGUUUGGAUUAUAAAAGUGAAGGGUGGUCAUGCUCGAAUGAUCAGACAGAACGCAUUUCAUAUCUAAGCAUAUGGCAUGGGAAAUGCCCACAUUUGUCGUUUAUUUUCAAGCAUGAAAAUAUAAGCGUGCAAGACAUUAGUUUUUGCUUGAAGACUUUUCAAAAAGGACGCGAGGAUGACUUUCUCAAUUUCAAAAUCUUGCAUUCUCUUCCGCCACCAAGUGUUAAUAAUGACUCAGCACUGAAACCUUGUAAUCACAUUGGUCUAAAAACAAAUCCCGUAUUGAACAUAGAGAAUGAUCAUGGUUACUGUUCCCAAGGAAACAGUCCCAAAGUCAAUAAACAUUACCGGAAGGACUCUGAACACUCUACCACAAACAUUUACAUUAAUUCCAGCUCCAUGGAUAACAUCAACAUUGCAAGCCCGUGUACAUUUGAAGUUAUCCCGCACCAGUUACAGAUGGACUUGGUCAUGCUUCUCGACCCUCCAUCUCUUCUAGGUAAAGAUUGGCGUAUUGUUGCAAGUGCGCUUGAUUUGGACGCCACCAUCCCACUCUUAAAAAACCAACCAAGCCCAACUACGCAUCUCCUGCAAAGCUUGGUGCAACAGGACAAGACGAUGGAUUGGUUGGCAGAGAUUUUGUUGAAGAAUGAUCGGUUGGACGCCGCCAAUGUCAUAAUGAAGGUUUGCAAGCAACAGCAAGAAUUAGAAAAAUGUGAAUGAAGUAAUUAUUAAAAAUUAAUAUUAAUUAUUAUUAAUUAGACAGCAGCUGAUAAUGGUAUUGUUUUCAAGAAAUAAUUUUAUAAAUUAAAAUAUUGGUUGUAAAAUAGAACUACUGUCAUAUAAUUUAUUGAAAAAUGUUACUUGCUUGACAAGUUUAUCUUACAAAAUGGAGGUUUGGGAAGACAAUUCUUGAUAUAAAAAAAAUAAUGUAGAGGUCUCACCACAAGAGAUGCAGCAUUGGUCAAAUCACUGAGAUAUUCACCAAAAUAGGUCAAAGGCUAAAUUUUUACAAAAUUUAGAUUUUAAUGUUUUUGAAUAAAUUGAUACUUAUAUUUUAUGACUAUAUACUCUUUAAGUGAAUUUUCUUACUAAAACAAUGUUUUCUGCACAUAUUCUGCCUACUUAGAGGUUUGUACAACUUUAUCUUUGAGGCCGAUUUUCUCAAAACUGGUUCUCAUACACCUAAACUUUAAAUGCUCACAUCUGUGGAUGUACUUAUCCUAGGGAAGCCAUUCAAAAACCAAAUUAAAGCUUAUACUGUAAUGUUAUCUACCCAAAUACAAUAUAAACUCAAUUUUUUAUUUUCUAACCAUGAGACUCAUUUUGUGGGAGACCUCACAUAUGUUUGUAAAUUAAAAUUGAUAUAAAACAUAGGUGCACACACCAAUGCUUAUGGCGGUGCCAGCAGCAGCCACAGAUAUCCCUGUUAGACAGGACAAGCCUCCCUGUUAACCAUGAAUUUCAGAACGAAAUAGAAUUGUUUUUUUAAUAAACGGUAAAAUGCUUCAGAACAGCUUAAAAUGGUCCAAGAUUUGCAAACUUUUGAGGCACCAGGGGAUUUCACUCAUGAGCCCCCCUGCUUCCCUGUAGUCCAGCCUGGUCUUCAUCAAAGAUGGCCACACCCCAUAUUGGAAAGCUUAGUCCCAGCCCUAUACAGCAAACUGUUUAAUAAUCUGAGCCAAUUCAUUGGAACAGGUAUAAGUUUACUCAUAUUGAAUAAAAUAAUUUUUUUUUUCAAUUCUGUGAAUGAUUUCGUUAUAUUGUAUACCACUAUUAAAAACUGCCAAAAUAUGUAUACUGGGUAAUAAAUACAUUUAAAAAAUAAAGUAUUAGACAAGCUGCCAAAAUUUAUUCAUUUAGUGUUGAGAUAGAUGUUUAUUGAUGUAGAUGGCUUUUAGAUUAUAAAGGGUGUAGACAGACACAGGGGCAUGGUCACCAUUCCUAGGUUUAAAAUAUAUGUGCACUUAUGCACGGUCAGUAACAAUAGUAUACAUACAUGGUGUUUUACAUGGUACCAUAUGUCAUGCAUACCCAGAGCAGACCUACCAAGGUUAUGUAAAAAAAAAGGCUGCCAAAAUUUAUUGAUUUAGUGUUGAGAUAGAUGUUUAUUGAUGUAGAUGGCUUUUAGAUUACAAAGGGGGUAGACAGACACAGGGGCAUGGUCACCAUUCCUAAGUUUAAAAUGUUAUAAAUAUAUAUGCUUAUGCACGGUCACGUAACAAUAGUAUUCAUGGUGUUUUACAUGGUACCAUAUGUCAUGCAUACCCAGAGCAGACCUACCAAGGUUAUGUAAAAAUAAUGUGCGACAUUAGGACAGAAAAAGUUUAAAAAACAUGUUAGCCCCUAGAUGGCUGUAAAUGCAUAUUUGAACACUGAAUAGGUGGUAGGGGACAUUAGAGCAAUGAACAAAUGACCAUUUUAAAGUCAAGUCCAGACUAUCAAAUUUGCUAGAUGCGCGACAAGCCUAAACAUGUGACGUGCCUAAAUAUCAUGUCAUGACCAUAUAUAGGCACAUCUUUACUAUUAUGUGGCCAUACAGCAAUUUUCUUUCAAAGAAAAUUUGAUAGAGUAGACAAAGCUUUAGGCAAUCUAUUUCACUUGAGUACAAUUUAGUUUGUGAAAUACAAAGAAUAUUCCAGUUGCUUCCUUUGCAUGAGCCUAUGCAGUGAAGAAUGCACAACUUUUAAUAAAGUAUAUUUUACAAAUGCUGGUGGAAUUAUAUUUAGUGUGAUUUUCACACUGAAUGCGGGAAACUUGGCAGGUCCUCCCAAUGCUGGAUUUGCCGGGAACAUUUGCCAGAAUACAAGGCCCUGACCAGAGUCAGAAUUGUUUAAAUGAACGCACAUUUUAUGCGAAAAACAUUCAAUUUUAGUCAUUUAAAAUAUUGACUAAUUAUAUUUAUCAUAUUCAUCAUAUUUAUUGUACUGAAACAACUAAAUUGCAAUCGUUUAAAUGCUGAUAUUGAGCUGGAAAGGUUAAUAUUUCUAGCCCUAUUAUAAAAAAAACUGAAUAUACAGUCUUCAAUCUCACUCUUUAGGUGGUAACUGGGGGAUUUUGCCAGUUUCUGCCCUGCAGCUGAAAGUGGGAGAGAAACUAUUCCCAAUCUUAUUACAAAAGCCAAUUUAUCAACACCAGAAAUAACUUCCUUGCUGGGAGAACACUGGUAACUCAUGAAUAAUGUAAAGCCAAUUGUAUGUAAAAAAAAUGAACAUACAGAAGUAUGAAAUUACUAGAAAGUGUUACAAAAUAGAAUUUAUAUGUUUAAUAUAUCUUCAUCAUUUCCAUUUUUUGGGCAGAUGAAACCAUUUGGUGAUAGAAACUUGCUUCUCCUUCAUCUGAUCCCCUCUGUAUUUUGAUCAGGAAAUCACACAAAUCAGAAAUGAUGUUGUUGGUCUAUGAGUGAGAUACCUGGAUGAACUGAUAUAAGCUAGAUUUCUAAUGGGACUUAUACCCACGUAAAAUAUUGGAAUUAUCUAACAUAGGCAUCUAUAAUGCAAAUACUAUGCAACAAGCCUCAAAAUGUCUUUCACAAUACUCGCUCGCGACAAAAGGAAUUUCAGGCUUGUUUUUAUAUAGCAUUGAUGGGUUAGACAAUUCCAUUAUUUUUCGCGGGUAAGUUAUGUUAGGAAUCUGGCUAAUAUUGGUUCAUCCAGGUAAGUAUUCACGAAAUAGACAAAUAUAUUAUUUUUAUAACUUGCAAGGAAUUUGUGUUGUAUCUUAAGUUUACUAUUGUGAACGAUAUUGUUUAAAUUUUGAAACGUGUGUGAAAAUCCAUGUAUGCAAUGCAUACGUUAUACGAUAAGUAAAAUUCAAUCAGUUAAAAUGUAUAUGUAAAUAAAAACCGUCCCCUUGAAAAAGGGAAUUAUACACAGAAUACUGCUGGCAGACUUGUAAUUUAAUGUAUUAAAUAUUAUAAUCUAGAUGUUACCACUAAUAGAGUUGCCUUGUAUUACGUAACAUAGCAUAUUCUAGAUGCAAUGGCAAUAGUAAACAUGGAAUUAUUCAGAUUGUGAAUUAGAGCCAAUUUAUUGAUUUAAACAGGAAAUAUAAUUUCAUAAACAGGCAAAUACAAUGAACAUUAUAAGUGGGAUAUAAUAUAUUGUAAACAUUAUUCACCGAAGGAAGGAAACUGUAAAGAACAAUGAAUGUUUUGUUUGGUUCAGUAGGUCCAAGAGACGUAAUUAUUCAUAAACUUUUGAUUAAGCAAUCAUAACAACAACAAAUAUUAUAACCUGAUAUGAAUGUUUAGAGUAUUGCAACAUGUAAGUUUUCGAAUAAAGGGAAAUUAUAACUACUGUA